AUGGAAAAAUUUGUUACCGACGUUCUUGCAUACUGGGCCACAAAGAGGGGACUAUGGAACCAGAAGCACUUCGAUGAAAUUCUGUGGAAGGACAUGGAAACUGUGUUACGGGACUUCGUGCGGCAUAUAGAACGCACCAGGCACAUAUUGGACGCAUUGGCUAAGAGCUGCGAGAACAUGGGAUGGGAUUAUAAGGAAAACGACACCGCCAAGUAUAUGGGACAUACCGUAGGCGACGUACUGAAGUGCCGACUGAUGGUAGGCGCAUUAUAUUUCAUGAUGGAUUGGCACGGGGCAGCAGGAACAGGGGCAGAACGGCGACACCAGAAUGACGACCAUUUUGAAGGAAUUAUGAAGUGCAUAUUGGUGCAUGUUUUCGAGAGACUACUAAGUGAAUCCACGUGUGGAGACUCCAAGGGCAUAAGGUACGCAUGGAAAAUCAUAGAUAAAAUGAAGAUGCCUGGGGGGUUCGACGAAAGAACCUCAGGAGGCACAUGCAAGAGGAACCAGUAUGGGGAUACGAAUAUAGGAAAAGGAGACCUAAAGGGGGCAGUUAAGGAAUGGUUGAGGAACAAUCCCACAGUAGCACAACAACUUGAACAGCUACGGGAACACAACGCUUGUAAAAGAAGGUGGAACAAAAACAUGCGAAUAGGGGACGCAAUGGACGAUGAGGAUCCGAAGAAGGAACAGGUUACGCAAGGGGUACACAUAGAGGGCCACUGGACAGACGUAGUAAAAAAUGUUUUCACCACAAUUGCAAACGCAGGGGACAAAUUCAAGGAGGAACUCAGGGAACACAAGACGAAGGCCAGCGGAAGCGGAGCAACUAUGAAUGUACCGUCUGCCGCAGAUGAUACCGACGACGACGACGAUGAUGAGGACGACGAUGAUGAUGAUGAGGAUGAUGACGAAGAAGACGACGACCAUGAUGAGGAUGCAGAAGAGGACGCGAAUGAGAAGACACCAACGAAGGACAAGAAGAGUGAUCAAGGAUCCACGGGACUUCAGGGCACAGGGGGGGGACGAGCAGGGCCUGCCGGACCAAAGGGAAAUAAAGGUGAUGAAGGACCGGAGAGACCUGCAGGAGCAGGAUCAGAGGAUGCGGACAAGUCAGCAUCACCAUCAGCACCUGCAGCAGGUUCAGGCGGAGAAUCCGGGAAAGUAGGCCAAGGACCGGGUACUGAACACGGUGGCGGCGGAGGUCCAGGAGCACCAGGAGGAGGUGGGGGAGGGGGAGGAAGUGGAAGUUCCUCAUCCUCUGCUUCAGAACCAUCCGGUUCAGGUUCUACUGGUGAACACACCCCAGGUUCUUCAGGACCUGGCUCCACGGGCACUUCGCAACCAGGUACCUCAGGUACUGGCUCCAGUGGGGGUCCACAGGGAGCUGGUUCCCCUCCUUCCGGUGCCCAGACUCCAGAAACUAAAGACCAACCUCUUCCUACCCUCCCUCCGUCGAAACCCUUCGACCCUCGAGGCCUUAUCCCGUACACCCCUGCGAUCAUUCCCGCGGUGGUUGGUAUUGGCGUCAUUGCCUUUUUCCUAUGGAAGUACUUUGCGUACCUCGGCCACAAACGACGACGAAAGUUUCGAACUGUUCGUGACGUGCCGUCACCGCCACUCGACGAAGAAAUAUUGGCGCAUCUACAACGCGGCGACGCUCCGCCACCCGAUUACGGUUACACGAUGGUUAGGGAUAGGCGGCCUACAUCUGCUACCGAUCGACGACGACGACGCCAACCACGCGUGCAUAAGCGCACGAUCAUCGAGCUACAUCUAGAAGUGCUCAACGAAUGUGAAGCGACCGAAUGGGAAAACGUCAAACACGACUAUUUGCAGAUUGUUGUGGAGGAGAUUGCACAGGAUUUGAUGCGGGAUGCAAACGGGCAUAGUAGUUUCACGGAUGCUCCUACCACAAACCAGGCUUUAUCAGGGAACAAUGUUGCAUCCACCGUCGACCCACCCACUGACAUCGACGCAACAAAUCGAUUACCACCGAAUGAACACGACCACGAUCCAUGGAAGUGUAUGGAAACCAUACAGUUAGAACAGGACACUUCUCCACCUAACGAAGAGCACCGAUGGAGUUGUAUGGAAAACAUACCGUUAGAAACGGACCCUUCUGCACCGCAUGAAGACGACCCCGAUCCAUGCAGUUGUGUGGAAAACAUACAGUUAGCAACGGACCCAUGUCAACCUAACGCAGAGGACCGAUGGAAUUGUAUGGAAACCAUACAGUUAGAUACAGAACCCGACCCGCACUCCUCCCCGCGGAAUGAACUGCACGCCCCCGCCUGCACUAAUUGGAUUAACUGGAUUGACCGGCACACGCACCUAUUGCAGGAGUGCACGACGCAGCCGUGGUUUUUGCAAUUAAAAGCGGACUGGAAACAAUACCUGCGUGAUCACAUGGCGACAAACGAAGACAACGAAGACCACGGAGUACACGGGCAGCGUGCACUCGGUGAAGCAGCAAUCCUGCCGAUGAAGAAAUUGGAUGCAUGGAACGGAUGGGUUGCAAAACAACAUCGGCAAAUGCGUAUGUAUAACGCGGAGGAGUGGUUCCAACAUUUGUUGAAUAAUGUAGAGCAGCAGACAGCAUCGCAAAAAGGCGAAGUACCUGGCGUGGAAUAUGCAAUGUUCGCAGAACAUAUGCUACGCGUGAGAAAUGCACAACGGACGCAACUGCAUCCGCAACUGUACAUGAAAAAACCGUUAACCGCUAAAACAUGGAUACUUAUCCUGGCAUUAGUCAUAGAACAGUGCGAGGUCGAAUGUCGUUUGCACGAUAGGGAGUUAUAUGUGGAUGACCUAUUGGAAAAGCUCUGCAAUUAA